CUAUUUUGGGCGCGUGGACUGUACAUGAGCUUAUAUCGACGCGUUUUUCCGGACAUUUGAAAGUAUUAAACACCCUACUUGGUUGGUUGGCCGAUUACCCUGAUUCUGACCCUCUCCAGCCAUGGGUUGCCUUCAGAGUGUCGCCUGCAAGCCCCGAAUCAAACGCGAGAACAUCGUUGUUUAUGACGUGUCUGCUACUAUUGACCAUUGUCCGACAGUGAUCGAGGAGAAUUCACCCAUAGUGCUACGCUACAGAACCCCGUACUUCAAGGCCUCCGCCCGGAUAGUAAUGCCGCCGAUCCCUCGAAAUGAGACAUGGGUUGUGGGUUGGAUUCAAGCCUGCACUCAAAUGGAAUUUUACAACACUUAUGGAGACCUCGGCAUGUCAAGCUGGGAGCUGCCAGAGUUACGAGAAGGACUGGUUAAGGCCAUCAGCGACUCAGACGGGGUGAGUUACCCGUGGUACGGAAACACGACGGAAACGGUGACUCUCUCCGGCCCCGCAUCCAAACCCACACGCUUCUCUGUCAGCAUGAACGAUAACUUCUACCCCAGCGUAACAUGGGCCGUACCGGUGAGCGAGAGCAACGUGCCUUUGCUCACGCGGAUCAAACGCGACCAGAGCUUCACCACUUGGCUGGUGGCUUUGAAUAUGGCCACGCAGGAGAAGAUCCUCCUGCAGACAGUGAAGUGGAGGAUGAAAGUGGACAUCACCGUGGACUCCUCCAAGCCACUGGGAUCUCGAGCCAGACUCACCGGCCGGGUGUACCAGGACCAGCCCAAGGUGUUGACUCAUAUGGAGCCGAUCCCCCUUAAAGCUCUGGGCAAACCUAAUGCUAAUGACGCCCAAGUGCUAAUGUGGAGGCCCAAGCGAGGACCGCCAUUAGUGGUGAUCCCCUCCAAGUAGCAGGUUGUGGGAAAACAUGAAAGUUUUCAAUUAAAAAUUUGCCUUAAAUCCACACUUCUGCCUUUUAAGAGAUGCUUGGUUCUCGAAUGGCCAUUGAGACACUUACGGCGACAGUUCAUUCAAAAAAAAUAAAUAAAUAAAAAUAUCAUAAUUACAAAAUAAUUUCAAAUUUGAUGACUUUCGU